GCGGAUCGUUCCUGUCAUCCGCCAGCGUCACCCACGGUACGCCCAAGCCGAACCCCUUUGGGUCAUCCGAUCAUACUAUGCCUCGAUUCUCCGAUUCCCGCUCGGGUUUUGACAGCGAGACUGAGUACUUUUCUCGUGAGUCGCGAGGCCGUCAUCACUCCCGUGGGGCUGCGGUCCUCGAGCGGCCACCGCGCCGGGUUGAAGAUGAGUUCCGAUGGGAUUCUCGUCUGCAAGAAACCGACCGCUAUGGGCCUCCUGCUCGCCGGCCGAGCAGACACUACGAUGAUGACCAUCUCCGCCACGGAGGUGCGUUGGUGCGCGUUGACCGCCGUCACGCUGAGAGUCCCCCUCCCCGGCCUAGAAUGCUUAGACGACAGUCUUCUCUGGAUACCUACGAUCGCCUUCCCUCUCGCAAGAUAGAUGAGUACUACCAUGGUUAUCUUCCUAGGGCCGCGCCUAGCCCGCCACCAUCGCGCCGGCGUACUCGACGAGACGAGUUCGAGACCAUUCAGGUCCCGGCGCGGGAGAGUUGGUAUAGAGAGACGGAGACAGUAAAAGAUACGAGGCCGUAUCCACGUAAGGGAAAGACCCGCAUGCCGCAAAAUCUCGUCAAUACUCGGGCAAUUCGUGAAUUUGGUUAUCCCUAUGAGAGAGAGGGUGACCUAAUCAUUAUCCAGCUAGCUCUUUCCAAGGAGCAAAUCGACGCUGUUAUUGAGAGGAGCCGUGAACUUAAACGUCAGCCUGAAAUCAUACCUAUAAGAGCCCGGUCUCCAGUUAGAGCGACAUCCAGGCGCAGGAAAGUAGAGACAAUUACGAUGGAGCCCAGGGCGAGCGAAACCUUGAUAGUCGAGCCCUCCCCCUCUCCUGAACCCUACUUUUCAGCGGAACCCCGCGGCUACGACUACUCAACAACCACAGCGAGGAGGACUGUAUCGCGUUCGCGAUCAAUAUCGGUCAGACCACGCCGCCGCCGUUACUCGUCGCCGCCGCGCAUGAUAAUGGAGCGUCGCUCCGACCACACCGAAGCUCCCGGACAAAUCAUGAUUGUACGUCCGCGGGACAGCGAUAGCGAUCUAGAUGACUAUGCCAUCGACAAUUACAGACCACCAUUUGAUCCAAGUACCGCGCUCUACGGGGAUGCCGAUGAAGAGGAAGUCCUAGAGGUUAAGCAGAACCGCAGAGGGCCUCCUGCGCGAACUCUGCGACGCAUGCUUGCAACGAUGACCUAGAUGCCGUGGAUAACUUGAUCCUUUAACGAUGUUCUUUCCGUAUUUGAUAGACUGCUUUAAUAGUUCCUACGCACUUGUUUUGCUGGUCUCUAGCUUCUGCAAUGCCGUAUGACGAGGGAUGGGAGUAUGUGAUACCAGGGUACCGCCACGAAUGCACUUUUCUUCUUUGCCUAUAUCCAGCUCAACACAUUGAAUUUUUUAAUCUGUGGUUUAUU